UAACGUUCAUUCACGAGUAAUAAGACGAGAGCGGAGCGUCUGUGGCGCACACACGCACCGCCAAAAUCGCGCACCCGAGAGGGCACGGUGGAGUACAGAAAGGGAAAAAAAAAAAACCGUGGACGCACUUGGAGCGUGGAUGUAGGACUUGUCUUGUGACGCUUGGAUAACUUGGAGUUUUGGGACGCUUUUACGCACAGCAACUGGGAGAUACGCGGGACUUGUUUGGCGGACUUACGGAUUUAUAUAAGUUUUAAACCUCUUAUUUAUUUUUAUUCCUCAUUUUUUUAUACCCCAAAUACUCUGGAAUAGAAUACUGGUUUGUUGGCUGGUGACGCGGCUGCCUUGGAGAAGAGAAGGAUGGCAGCCUGGUUCACCUUUACCAUCGCUUUUAGCACCACGUUAAUAACACAGGUAUUUGGAUCCGGUGUUUUUGAGCUGGACCUGCACGAAUUUAAAAACCACAAAGGUUUGCUGGCGAACGGAAACGCAUGUAAACCACACUGCAGGACUUCUUUUAGAAUUUGCCUGAAGAACUACCAGGCGGUGGUUUCACCUGGGGAGUGCAUCUUUGGAAAUACAACGACACCGGUGUUGGGGAGCAACUCUUUCAGCCGCCAGGACUCCCACACUUUAUCCACACCGAUACAAAUACCCUUCCACUUUGGCUGGCCGGGCUCGUUCUCCUUAAUAAUUGAAGCCUGGCACUCACCUUAUGAAAAUCUACCUGUAGAAACCAGCAACCCUGAGUACUUGAUAAGCUUGUUCGCCAUCCAACGACAACUGGGAGUAGGGGCCGACUGGACUCAGGAUAUACAAACUGGAGAGCAGACGGAGUUGAUAUAUUCCUACCGGUUCAUCUGCAACGAAAGUUACUACGGGGAAAGUUGCUCCAAGAAGUGCACUCCGAGGGACGACCGAUUUGGACACUACACCUGCACCCGAGAGGGACAGUUGUCCUGCCUGCCAGGGUGGAAGGGCAAAUACUGUGAAGAACCGAUCUGCCUGGAAGGCUGCAGCGAGAGGAAUGGAAACUGCUCCAAACCCGGCGAGUGUGUGUGCAGGGACGGCUGGCAAGGCACGUUCUGCGAUGAGUGUAAGAAGUAUCCGGCCUGCAAACACGGGACCUGCCAGCUGCCAUGGCAGUGCAACUGUCAGGAGGGCUGGGGGGGGCUAUUAUGUGACCAAGACCUGAACUUCUGCACCCACCACCGGCCCUGUGUCAAUGGCGCCACCUGCAUGAACACCGGUCAGGGCAGCUAUACCUGCACUUGUCUGCCCGGGUUUACCGGGGUCAACUGCGAGCAGGAAAUGCAGGAGUGCGACAGCAACCCCUGCAGGAACGGAGGGCUCUGCACAAAUCUAGAGAGCGGAUACGUGUGCACAUGUCCGCCGGGGUUCGAGGGGUCCCACUGCGAGCACGGCCUGCUGAGCUGUGAUGACUCCCCCUGCUUCCACGGUGGCAAGUGCAGGAAGACGGACAAUGGCCGCAGCUACAUGUGCGAGUGUCCCCGCAGCUACACCGGACUCAACUGUGAGAAGAGAGUGGACAAGUGCACGUCGCUUCCCUGCGCUAAUGGUGGUCUCUGUCUGAUCCACGGUGGGGUUCGUGUCUGCAGCUGCCGCUCAGGAUUCACUGGCCAACGCUGCGAAAUCAACAUCAAUGAGUGCGCUGGGAACCCGUGCAUUAAUGGAGGCACCUGCCUGGACCGGAUCAACGACUACACCUGCGCCUGCCCUCCAGGAUUCGGAGGUCGUAACUGUGACAGAGUCCUGGACGAGUGCUCUCUGCGGCCGUGCCUCAACGGAGGUCUGUGCACGGAAGGUGGAAAGAAACCUGCCACUUGUGUCUGCCUCUCCGGAUUCACCGGCCCCAGCUGCGAGUUCUUCGACGCGGUAACCGCCCCGGUGGGUGAGAUUAAGGACGGCUUCCAGUGGGCUGCAGUGUCUCUGGCUGUGGGACUGGUGGCGCUCUUGGUGCUGCUGUGCAUGGUGGGCAUGGCUCUGAGGCACAUCCACAGGCAGGCCCAAAGAGAGCGGGCCGACUCCGAGACGAUGAACAACGUCUCCAACGUUCAGAGGGACAACCUGAUUCCUACGUCGCAGCUAAAGAACAUCAACCAGAAAAUCGACCUGGAGGUGGACUGCGACUCAGAGAAAUCGAACUUUAUCCAUAAAAACUAUCACUUGGACCCUUAUAGCUCCAAAUCGAAAGAGUUUAAGGACGGAAAGUCGCAAGAGGAUAAAAGCCUUAUUUAUGAUAAAUGCUCAGAAGACAAAGUGCCCUUGAGUCGGGUGUACAGUGAAAAGCCAGAGUGUAGGAUAUCAACGAUAUGCUCCUCCAGGGACUCGGCGUACCAGUCGGUAUUUGUUAUAGCAGAGGAGAGGAGAGAAUGCGUCAUAGCAACAGAGGUAUAGACUGAGAGAGAGGUCUGAACGGGAGAGAUGGAGGACACGGACACAAUCGAGGCAGAAUAUGAAGCGUAUUCUGGAUUGUUUACAAAUGCCGAGGAGAAACUGGAGAUUGUUUUAGAUGUCCACUGCUGCUCUGGAACACUUGAGAACUGGAGAGAGCAGAGGUUCUGCUCAGAACUGAGAAACUUGACCGAGUGUUUGUAUGCAAACAUGUACAGAGAAGGACCUCUCUCGAGUUUGGACCGGCUUCACAGGAGCAUUAAUUUAUACUCUCAGCCAUCCUGGGCUAGAAAGAAGGAUCAGCGCCCCGCCCCCCUCAAGAAUCCGUCCCUCGUGUGAUAAUCAUGUCUUUUACCGCCAACCAAUCAGAAGUAAAAGGUGCCUAAGACGACCCCCUAAAGGUCCCGCCAGCAUCGCCUGCUAUGCAAGACUCAGGGUUGAGCGACGUUGGCCAGCAUCACCAUCCGACCUCGUAACCACUGAGAGAAAUGAAUGUCUGAGAAUAAUCUUCAGCUAUCAAUCAUGUGAAAACGACUGGACUUUUUCCCAGCAACGAUGAAGAUUGUAUGCAGCCCAAAUUCACUAGAAGCCUUAAAAAGUGGGUGGGAGGGGGGAGUUGAAAUUGUCUGUCCUUGGAUCAUUUGCACUACAAACCUAACAGCAGGUGGGGCUGAAUCAAGGGACUCGGAGCGCAAUAGUGCUGUGCCAGCAGGAUCCAAGAGAGGGAAGAUGUGCAUAGACAGUCAUGUUUUUAUGCAAGAAAAAAACAAACAAACAAACCACUGAGUCGAACGUCACACCACUGCCUGCCUAUAAAACAUUUCAGAACCAGUAAUGUAAUUUUUUUUUAAUGAUUAUUUCCAGAGUUUAAUUUAAAUAUGACACAUUGCUCUUUAUAUGUUUUAUAAUAUUAUUUUGUAUAUAAUGCAUAUUUAUAAGGACCAAACUCUGAAGAAUAAACUUUGUUCAAAGCUGUUUUUAAUUUGACGUCAGUAUGUGGAAAAAUGAAAUUAUUUUUGAGGUGUUUUUAAAUAAUGAGAAUGAGUACAAACAAAGAUCAUG